AUUAACACUUUUGGAACAAACCCAUAAUGCCCGCUGAACUCCCCAAGAUUGAGAUCCUUACGAUCAAUGACAAAGAUACUGCUCCAGAAUCAACCGCGCCGGUGAACCCACACGAACGCCAGGUGAUCGACGAAGUUAUCAAGAUAUGGAAGCAGGACUCCGCAACUGAGUCGCUUGGCGCAUUGAAGCUCCAUGUCUUGGUCAAAAAGGCUCACCCGAACUGGACCUUGUCGGAAAAGCGCUUCAAGACGGUGAUGAAGAACCAGGGCUUGCUCACGACAUCCAACCAGUAUUGCUAUGCGAACGAGAUCCAGUCGUCCGUAACGCCCGACUUGGUGUUGCCGGAACUUGUGCGUUUGCAGAGCACGAAAAGGAGUGGGAAGGGGCUCUACGCGACAAAGCCAAUCCCGGAAGGUGCCUUGCUCUGGGAGGAGACUCAACUUUUUUUUGUGCCGCCGUUGGCGAACGUCAACUUGGUGCGCGCGGGAAAAGCGUGCACGCACUGCUCACGCGCGCUCCACACGCGAUCAAACGCAUCGGGUGUACAGAUCCUCAGCGGCCUCGACUGCAACACGUGUCCCGAAAUGUGGUGCUCGCUCGACUGCAAAAAGGCCGACAAGACACACGCACAGACCAAGCACUCCGUGUACAACCCGUCGGCCUCCUCCAAGAAGGUGUAUGUGGACUCGAUUGCCUGGGACAAGUUCGAGAAGUACUGUUCUGAACAGAGCUGGACGGCGCUCUACGGUGUGGGACACGUACAUGCGCAGAUCGUGUUGGACAAGACGGGGUUAAAGGCGCAGCAGUUUGCCGCAAUGGCGAGAGUUUCACAGGCGAUCCGCUACAAGGCGCUCGAUUCGACUUCAGGCUCGUUUGACUCCGCAUCUGGCGGAGCAUUGUUUGCGGGGGAGCAGCAGGAAAUCUUGUGGAAGGAGGGCUUGGUCAAGUUGAACGCAUGUUUCCCGGGCCGCCCGCUCGAGUACGACGAGUACUUGCACUAUUUGGGUACGUACAACAUCAAUAAUAUCGACAACUCGUUGUUCCUCACCCAGUCGCACCUCAACCACAACUGCAACCCGAACGUGACGGUGAAGUGGGGUACAAAGAGAACUGAUGGGAUCAAGGUCUACGCCAAGCGCGCCAUCAAGACUGGCGAAGAGUUAACCACCACAUACAUCUCGCCAACGCACUCGGUUGCGCAGCGUAAGCGCGAAUUACGUGUCAACUGGGGGUUUAUGUGUGCAUGCAACAAGUGCAAGGAGGACGAGAAGGCCACCCAGAGACGCAAGAGCUCCGCCGGUGCCAUGAAGGGCGAAAGCAAGGAGGAAAUCAGGAAGAUGUUGGACAAAUCAAAGGAAGCAGGCGAGACCGAGAUCGAGUUGGGCAUCCCAGACGAGUUUCCGACUGGCAGGAGAAAGAGUGUCCGUUUCGACGAGAAAGUCACCGCGCUUUCCAAAUAGAGGUGGAAAUGUGGUCUGGAUAAUAUGGAGAUGAGGCGGGAAAUAUGUUUGGGUUCUAAUGUUUCGGAGUGGUCAAGCAGAGACUUAGGAAUUUAUGAAUUACAGGAGUCGGAGGAGUGUAUUCGGUUAGUUUCAAUAGAACCUAGAGUGUCUAGUGAAUUGAUGUGUAUUACGAACAUUGGUGACUUGACGGGGAUUUUUCAGGUUUGGACCGUAGUUUAAGUUCACCCGUUCCGCGUACACCCAAGUAUAUACCAGUAGAAGCCGCGUGUAGCUGGCCAGUAGGGGUUGUUAUUCUAC